AAGUCUAACAGGAGGGGACAAAGGGGGGGGGGGGAAUCCAGCAUCAAAAUGGCCUGAAAGUUUAGUUCGACAACGAAAGCAACGUGGUUAUUUUUAGAGCACUACAGGCAUAGAAAUAGAGCGCCAAACUGUGACCUACAGCUAUGCACAUCCAAGCAUCGCAUCAUCCAACCGACAGUCUUAACUUUAGCUAGAAGCACAUCUGGCAUGACUUCAGACCAUCGUUGUUCAUCCGGCUACCAACAAUAACUUUGGAUGCGUAUCACAGCUGUAACAAGCUUCUGAAAUCCUCGCCCUUGCCUUUAUUUUUUAAAACAAAACAAAGCCCACAUAACAGAUCAACUACUGCUCAAGACAAAACUGUAUAAAAGUCAGAAGCCCUGAAUGGACUUUGGGAGAAGGAUUUCGGAAGGAUCCACGUCCAAGUGCACAGGCUCUCUCUCCUGUAAGAAGAAGCAAAUUAAGCAACCUCAGAAGCUGGAAAAGGAUGCAUGUGCCAUCUUCAGUGCUCUUUUCUCAAGUGGGUAGAGUGAGGAAUGCUUGUCUGCUUUUUUACAGAAUGUGCAACUGCCUGUAAAAGAGAACGAUGCUGGAAUAAACAGCCUUCACGUCGAGCAAAACUCAUCCACAGCCACAUUGGGGAAAGAUACGCCUUUCAAUAAGUACAGUAAGUAGCUGCCAAAAUGCCAUUCUUUGGCUGGAUGAAAUGGCCAAAAAACUAUUCCUACAAGACCGGACAGUACCCUGGCUCAGAAGUUGUGACCAAGACCCUCCUGAGGGAACUGAAAUGGCACCUCAAGGAACGCGAGCGCCUGAUACAGGAGAUAGAAAAUGAACAAAAAGUUCAGAAAACUAGUGUGGAUUACAACUGGCUGAAGAGCCAGCAAAGUCCUCAGAUAACUAUCCCAGCUACUGAACAAAGACAGCUUGAAGUCCUUUGCUCCCAAAUCCAACCGUGCCAAACUGGAAUCAUUCUCAGCAGAUUCCGUGAGGUUCUGGCAGAAAACGACGUUCUACCUUGGGAAAUUGUGUACAUAUUCAAGCAAGUUUUAAAAGAGUUCCUAACCAAUCUGGAGAGAGAGGCUCAACAGGAGCAGCUGGCCGACGUUUGGAAUACAAAUUGCUCCAUGCACUUUGCAGCACCUGGCGACAACUCAGGCAAAACAGACAAAGAGGAGAUCCCGACUGUGUCUAGUUAUGUUGACAAGAACACACAGGGCAUGUUUCCAACUUUCUCCCACAGAAUUUGGAAUCUUCCCUAUUACUACCCAUCAAGUUAAGUUUCCCUCUCUUCCCAAGGUUGCCUCCGAUAUCCCUCGGUUACCAGCUUUCAGCAAGAUUCAACAACUCUGAAGAAAUCACAAAAUUUUACACCACUCCAGCCCCAUUGCUGCAAAUUCAGAAUGUUAAACCUGUUACAACUUGCAUAUAAUUUACAGUCCUUAGGAUAAUUAGAAUGCCAGCCUCUUUCUACUGUUUUGCUAGCUAACCAUGUUGUGUAAAAGAACCUUCCUAACCCAAUGCAUACUGUAGAGUAGACCUUUUUAAUGAGAUGUCCGAAGUAUGCUGUUCAUAAUGUUCCUAUAAGCAUGUACGGUAGCAAACUUCAGUUUGCAAUAUUUU